UGGCCUGGGCCUACCCUUGUCGCCUGACUUUAUCAUCUGUUUUGUUGCAGCCACCUUGAUCCUGGUGUCGCCAUGGGCCGCCGCCCUGCCCGAUGUUACCGGUAUUGUAAGAACAAGCCCUACCCAAAGUCCCGCUUCUGUCGAGGUGUCCCUGAUGCCAAGAUUCGCAUUUUUGACCUGGGCCGAAAGAAGGCCAAGGUGGAUGAAUUCCCACUGUGUGGCCACAUGGUGUCGGAUGAGUAUGAGCAGCUCUCUUCUGAAGCCCUGGAGGCUGCCCGCAUCUGUGCUAACAAGUACAUGGUGAAAAGCUGUGGCAAAGAUGGCUUCCACAUCCGAGUGCGGCUCCACCCCUUCCACGUCAUCCGCAUCAACAAGAUGUUAUCAUGCGCUGGGGCUGACAGGCUCCAAACUGGGAUGCGAGGUGCUUUUGGGAAACCUUAAGGCACGGUGGCUAGAGUCCACAUUGGCCAGGUUAUCAUGUCCAUCCGCACCAAGCUUCAAAACAAGGAGCAUGUGAUUGAGGCCUUACGCAGAGCCAAGUUCAAGUUCCCUGGGCGCCAGAAGAUCCACAUCUCCAAGAAGUGGGGCUUCACCAAGUUUAAUGCUGAUGAGUUUGAGGAUAUGGUGGCUGAGAAGCGCCUCAUCCCGGAUGGCUGUGGGGUCAAAUACAUCCCUGACCGUGGCCCCUUGGACAAGUGGCGGGCUCUGCAUUCAUGAAGGCCUUGGUAGCCCUGUGCUGCCUCACUUGUACCCAACAAAUAAAAAUUGAACUUCCUGGUU